GGGUGUAAUUACGGAGCAGUAGAAAAUAACUCAUUAACUGAACUGGCGCAUUAAAUUUGAGCUACUUCUGAAGACACAGGCACGUGCGCCUUAAACUUCGCAGUCGCUCACACAGAUGCCCGUUAGAAACGUUGCCGCCGAUGGAGAGGACUGAAAAGCUCCAGCUACUGAACAUGCGGCUUAACAUCUGUGUGACUUGUAGACUUUGCGCGCACUCGCGCAGGCAUGUCUGUCGGUGCGCGCGCGCGCCCGCGCCUUACCUUGUUAAUGAAGGACCCCCCUCCCUCCCUCCCUCCCGCUCCCCUCCCCCCUCGCCUCUCCUCCAUACAUCGGAGGCUGUGAGCUGCGGCGGCGGCAGAGAGCGGUGCGGAUCCCGGUCUGUGCCGAUCUCCGGUGGGGGACCGGAUUACCGAGUCGGACCUUCCGUGGAGUGGAUCGCGUGGAUCCGCACACUCGAAUCGCAGGCAGUGUCACAUUCCCAGCGGGGGUUCGCGUUGACUCUCCACAGCGUGGACUCGUCGAGAGACAUCUUGUCCCCGAGGCACGACUAUCACCAAUCAAUUCAACAGCUUCGGUCAACAAACAACAGGACGAGUGUCGGGGGGGAAAAAUGUGCUAAAGAAGAAACUCGUGACCUGUAACUGGUCGUAGAGGAGGAGGAGAGGAGAACAAAUGAGUAGGCAGCAGGGAGAAAGAGGAUGAGACAGCGGGACCCCAGAGAUUCCUCUUGCACAAUGGGAGACCCUUGCUCUGCUGGAUUUUGAUUUGAAAGAAUAAAAAAAGACUUUGCCUAAAGAAGGUCAACCGGAUUUUUACUUCAGCUACCUUCAGUGAGCCCUCCCUUUUUUUUAUUUUCCUCAGGAGGCGUAACCAUGACAGCGGUCUGAACAUAAAAUACCUUUAUCCUCCUCCAGUAAAACAACACGCCAUGGAGAAGACCUACUCAUUAACAGCUCACUACGACGAGUUCCAGGAGGUGAAAUACGGCGGGCGCUUUAGCAGUGACAUCCUCAGCAACGGCAUGACCCUUCACCUGGGAGGCAGCCUGGACCGCCACAUGGGCCGCGGCCGCGGGGGCGCCUGGUCGAACGGCAAAAACCGAGAGCUCGGCAGCGCCGGCAGCAGCGGCGGGCUUCCUCGAUGGAGCCGGAGGGAGAUCUGCCUCCUCUCCGCGUUGGUAUUUGCGGCGGGCAUGUGUGUGAUCUUAGGCAGCAUGUUGGCACUCAAGUACAUCUCCCUGGACGCCCAGCAGGACCCUCAGUGCCGGCAGGACUGCCAACGCAAGCGCUCCCUCCUCCGGGCCGCUCGCUUCGUUCAGUCCAAUAUUGACCCAACCAUCCAGCCCUGCCAAGACUUCUACUCCUUCGCCUGCGGCGGCUGGCUGAGGCGACACGGCAUCCCAGAGGACAAGCUGAGCUACGGCAUUAUCACCGCCAUCGGGGAGCACAACGAGGAGAAGCUGCAGCGCCUCCUGCUGGAGCCCAUACGGAGGCGCGGGCCCAAUUCGGCCGAGCGCAAAGUCAAGGAGUUCUAUCGCUCUUGUGUCAACAUCCAGGAGAUUGACAAGCUGGGCUCUGACCCCAUGACGGAGGUGAUCAACAGCUGUGGGGGCUGGGACCUGGUGGGGGCUCCACCCGGUGCUGCAGGGUGGGAGAGAGAGGGUGCCCCGCAGAGACCGGACAUCGACGAGCUGCUCUACAGGACCCAGGGGGUGUACAGCACGGCCGUCUUCUUCUCCCUCACAGUGAAUGUGGACGACAAGAACUCCUCCAGGAACGCCAUCAGGAUUGAUCAGGAAGGACUCACCUUACCAGAGAGAAGCCUGUACCUGGGACAGGAUGAGGACAGUGUGAAGAUACUGGCGGCGUACAAGGCCUUGAUGGAGCGCUUGCUGAGCAUGCUGGGAGCUCACAAUGCCACGCAGAAGUCCAAGGAGAUUAUACAGCUGGAGACCCGUCUGGCGAAUAUCACCGUGUCAGAAUAUGAUGACCAAAGAAAAGACAUCAGCACCAUGUACAACCGCAUCACCCUCAGGCAGCUGCAGCGCAUCGCUCCUAGUCUUCACUGGAAACGUCUGCUGGACAGAAUCUUCCACGACAACUUCUCUGAGGACGAGGAGAUCGUGGUGCUCGCCACUGACUACAUACAGAAGGUGUCCGACAUCAUCAAGACCACUUCAAAGAGGGUUCUCCACAACUACAUGCUGUGGCGCAUCGUGGCAGCGCUGAGCGAGCACCUGUCCACCGCCUUCCGCAGCACCAUCCACGAGUUUUCCCGGGAGAUCGACGGCACGGAGCAGCAGCUGGAGCUGGGCAGGCUGUGCCUCACUCAGGCCAACAAGCACUUCGGCAUGGCCCUGGGAGCCCUGUUCGUCCAGCAGCACUUCUCCUCGCAGAGCAAGGCCAAGGUCCAGGAGCUGGUGGAGGACAUAAAGCACUCCCUGGACCUACGGCUGCAGGAGCUGGACUGGAUGGAUGAAGCCACCAAGGAGGCUGCCAGAGCAAAGCUGAAGCACAUGAUGGUGAUGACAGGAUACCCAGACUUCCUGCUCAAACCUGAGCUCAUAGAUCAAGAAUAUGCGUUUGACGUGGAUGAGAAGACGUACUUCAGAAACAUCCUCAACAGCAUCAAGUUCAACAUCAAGCUGUCGGUCAAGAAGAUCCACGAGGAGGUGGACAAGACGGCGUGGCUUCUUCCCCCUCAGGCCCUUAAUGCCUACUACCUCCCUAACAAGAACCAAAUGGUCUUUCCUGCCGGCAUCCUCCAGCCCACGCUCUACAACCCUGAAUUCCCACAGUCUCUGAACUAUGGAGGAAUCGGAGCCAUCAUUGGCCAUGAACUAACACAUGGAUAUGACGACUGGGUGAUGCAAUGGUUCAUGUCCCUAGGGGGCCAGUACGAUCGCCACGGCAACCUGAAGCAGUGGUGGACAGAGGACUCCUACCGGAAGUUCCAGAAGAAGGCUGAAUGUAUAGUCAAGCUCUACGAUAACUUCACGGUUUAUAACCAGAGGGUGAAUGGUCGUCUGACGCUGGGGGAGAACAUUGCAGACAUGGGAGGGUUGAAGCUGUCAUACUAUGCAUAUCAGAAGUGGGUGAGGGAGCAUGGCCCAGAGAGGCCGCUGCCUGGGCUCAAAUACACUCAUGAACAGCUGCUCUUCAUUGCCUUUGCACAGAACUGGUGUAUGAAGAGAAGGUCUCAGUCCAUAUACUUACAGCUGCUGACGGACAAACAUGCACCAGAGCACUACAGGUACCAUACGUUCAGUAGUGAUCCACAUUCACGAGGCUUCAUGCUUACUCAUUGGUUCGUCCUCUCCUGCAGAGUGAUCGGCAGCGUUUCCCAGUUCGAUGAGUUUGCCCGCGUGUUCCACUGCCCCAAGGGGUCCCCAAUGCACCCUGUGGACAAAUGCUCCGUGUGGUGACCUCUGCACCCGACCCAGCAUUCCCACGUGAAACCUGUCCUCCAUCAACCAUUCAUCAGCACCAACAGAAUGACAGACUCCAUCAAGCCUGUUUCUGCUCAGAAGAAACACAGGAGGGAAAUGUAAAGUUUAUGCAAAUGUCCAUUGUCUGAACAAACCAAACUAAAGCAUGGGCUUGUGGCCUAAGUGUUAUUUAUAUUUUUUCUAUGUUUAGAUUUAUUUUCAAAUCAUCUAUUUUUGUAUUUUAGACUAUAUCGCAUACACUGUAUAGGACUCAUAAGCUAUUUGUUUUUUAAUUACGCAACAUGUUUCCUUACUUGUUUCUCUUCAUUGUAGCAUUGAGUAGAAAAACCUCAGAAGCAUAUCAGACGAUUAAAGAUAGCAGUGAUUUCAGUCCCUAACGUAAACCUGGACGACGACGGAUUCAGAACGGACUGCGAUCAGUAGCAUCCUGUGCCUGCCAACAUGUUUGAUAGUGGAGUGUGAGGGCUGCACCCUUGUGGCUGCAGACAGCAGUGGUCACUGCUCUGACUGUUGUAUCGUUUGCCUGCGUUGGUCUAUUGUUGCUGUGAGUGUUUGUACGGUUUUUAAGAUUUGUCAACUUUUUUAAAAAGGAGAAGGUGGACUCACGGCGGAUGUUCUUCUCAGGAUCUGUAGCGAAGGAGCUUUUCAGUCUACAGUACAAUCACGAAGCAUGGACUCGCGGGCAGCACCGGACGGGCCGGUCGGGGAGCCCUCACUGGAAACUGAAGAAGCUCCGCUAUUGGAUUUUACAUCUGUUUACGGACAAAAUUGAAUUAUCUCAGAGGAGCGGGGAAUCGAGCGAUAGGACAAGCGCGGGAUCGCAUCAUACACUCACCGUUAACUCACCAAAUACCGCAGGCCACUCUGUGCAAGUGCGGUAGAUGGAGGAGCUUACGUUUGUACACAGUUAUUGGAAAAUACUUUUUGUAUAAAUAAUCUGUUAGUAUUGAAAAUGUAUUUGUACAGUGAAGAAGUAUCUGAUGUUACAGCUGUACAGUUUGUUUUGAUCAGACUGCAUGUUUACCCUGUGACCAGCCUAAACUUGGGAUCAGUAUAUAUACAGUACAUGGAGGACGGCCCACAUCUGCAGCUGCUCGUGGCCGUUAUCUCUUCCGCUCUGUUGGUCACUGUUUAUUGUUUGAAUAAAUACAAAGGAUCACUGUG